CGAUUGCCUUCAUACCUUUCAUAGCCAUUAAUAAAGAAAGAGUUAAUAUUAAAACAAUUACCUACCACGUGUGCUUAGCUAAAAAAAAGUUAUUUGUGAUCAGUAUAAAUGUAUACCAAUUGUAUAAUAUUAAAAUUUAAUUUAAUCAAACUCAGAGUGAACAAAUAAGGCUACUAUCAUAGAUGAAUUGUAUCAUCAAGAUGUGGAUUACAAUAUAUUAUGAACUAAUAUUCAUAUUUUUUACUGUUAUUUGUGACAAUAUAGACAUUAAAGCAAGUCGGACUGUUGUGCUCGACUACUCAGAUCUCGCUCAGGAAGCUGAAAGUAAUAAACAUAAUAUACUUAAAUUUUUGAACCAAACAAGAGUUCAAUUGAAAUAUAAAUCUCAAUUUAAUAGAUUGCUUCAUAAAUUACAAGCUACCUCAAAUACAUCACGAAGAGGUCCAACACGUAGAAUAGUGGCGGGUGUUAAUACAUCAAUAGCGGCGGUUCCCUGGCAAGUCUCGUUGAGGGAAAAGACGUAUCCCAUAUGUGGAGGGUCCGUAGUUACUACAUUGUGGCUACUCACAGCAGCGCACUGCCUCUUACGGCCACGAGCCAGUGAGUUAAGUGUUCGCCUCGGCUCCUCGUGGAAGACUCAUGGGGGUGAGAUGUAUGACGUCAAACAGUCCUAUGUCCACCCGCAGUAUGUGAGGAACACAAAAGUCAACGACGUCGGUCUCAUCAAACUUUACUCCCCACUGAGAUUCUCUUCAAGAGUUCUUCCUAUUAAGAUGGUGGGGAAGGGAACUCGCUUGCCGGCCGACAAAGCAGCUGUGGUCUCUGGAUGGGGAAAGUUAAAGGAAGGUGGCCCCAGUGCUACAUUUCUUCAAUCAUCCACCAUAAAUACAAUUGCGAUGAAACUCUGUCGGAAUUCCGGCUUAGACAGAAACCCUAUAGAUCCAGGGUCCAUGUUCUGUGCAGGAGCCUUCAGCCAGCCCUCGCCCGAUGCUUGCCAGGGUGACAGUGGUGGUCCGAUAGUGAGUGAAGGUGUGUUGAUCGGAGUGGUAUCCUGGGGACUCGGCUGCGCCCGCGGCAACUUCCCCGGCGUCUACACUCGACUGGCCGCCCCUGUGAUAUGGGACUGGGUCCAUGAACACAUUUCACAGGACUCUUAACACAACUCAUCGGUCAAAACCUCAACAUGAGUCAAAGCAGUCACUCCAGCGAUGGAAGAGGAAGAAUCAAUAUUUUUUAUUUGAAAAAAAUUUUAACAUAAGGAAUACAAAAUAUAUUGCGUCAGAAGCCAAAGUUACCUUAAUCUGUACUUAACUCUUAUACAUACGUGUUGAUAUUGUUAAUGAAAAUAAAUGAUUCUAUAAAAUUUCA